AUGCACGGAGUCAUCGUCUCAUCCGUCCUCAUCCCCGGCGCCCUGUCGGCGCUAGUCUCCGGCGUCAUGGCCGACCGGUUCGGCCACGUCCGCCUGUUCGCUCUCGGGGCUUUUAUCUACGGAUGCGGCACCGGCAUCGAGUGCGCGUCUCCUAUCCUGGGUGUCUUCAUUCUUGGAAGGCUCAUCAAGGGCAUUGGGGAGGGCAUGUUCUUGAGCAAUGUCUACGUUCAAGUUUCCGAGAUCUCGCCUGCUCGCAUCCGCGGCAUCAUGACCGCUUUGCCGCAAUUUGCCAUCGUCACGGGAAUCGUGACUGGAUACUUCAUGUGUUAUGGCACGGCGACGCUAGGAAUGUCGUCUGCGGCGUGGCGUCUCCCGCUGGCUGUUGCCUCGUUCUUGGGCUUCCUGUUUUCCGGAAGUUACUUCAUCGUUCCUCCUUCUCCAAGGUGGUUGAUGGCUAAGGGCAGGCAAGAAGAGGCCCGUCGCGUCGUCGAGAAGCUCGGACUGAAUGAAAAAGAAGGCGAAGAGAUACUGGAGCUUUCAUCUGACGACCAAGAACAUGAUCCCAACGCCCCGGUCUCUGAAGUCUUGAAGCAAGCAUUCGCCGGCUUCCGCGAAGCCUUCUCCGCCCCGUAUAGGGGCAGGACGUUGUUCGGUUUGUUCCUCAUGGGAUUCCAACAAUGGAGCGGAAUUGACGGAAUACUGUACUACGCGCCAAUCAUGUUCACGCAGGCAGGGUUGGACGGCGAGAAGGCGACGUUUCUGGCCUCUGGCGUGUCUGCGCUGGUCAUCUUGGCCACGACUGUGCCCGCUACGUUCUUCGCUGACAGCUGGGGACGCAAGACCUCCAGUCUCCUAGGCGGUGUGCUAAUCACUGCUCUGAUGGUCCUCAUGGGCUCGCUGUACGCCGCCGACGAAGUUCAUGCAGACCGAGGAGCUGGCAAGUGGGUUGUCAUUGUGUCCAUCUACCUAUUCGCCAUUGUCUACAGCUUUACCUGGGCGCUCUCCUUCCGCACGUUCUUGGUCGAGAGCCUGCCUAGGAAGACCAGAAGCAGCGCAUCGAGCUUAGCUCAGAGCGCCAACUGGUUCGCCAAUUAUGUUGUAGCGCUGAUCACUCCGGUACUGCUCUCCGUUUCCUCUUUCGGCGCAUACUUCCUCUUCGCGGGCUGUUCGUUGUUCUGCACAGUCGUUGUAGCGUUAUACAUGGUGGAAACACGGGGCCACAGUCUAGAGGCAAUCGAGAAGAGAUACACGGAGAAAAAAGUCACAAUCGCCGCCAAGAAAGGGGAGACAGUGGUCACGAUUACGGAAACAAGCGUGGUCUGA